AUGACUCCUGCCCUCCCAGUCCUGCUGUGCCUCGGGCUGUGUCUGUGCAAGAGGACAAGGACUGAGGCAGCAGAUGGACUCCACAAACCCUCCCUCAGGGUAGAGAAUGGCCCUUUGGUGCCCCAAGGGAGAGCUGUGACACUCAGGUGCAGGGGGUCAUGGGAGGCUGAAGAGUGGUGGCUGGAGAAAAGAGGAGGAUCUGGAUGGUCACCGAUGAAAUCUGUGAGAGGAGCUGGGAAUGAGGGAGAGUUUUCCCUCCCAUCCGUAACAUCAAAUAAUGCAGGGACCUACCGGUGCUUCUACAGACAUUCAUCCUAUGGGUGGUCAGAACCCAGUGACCCCCUGAAGCUGGUGGUGACAGACCUCUCUGCCCCGCCCUCCCUGGCAGCCCUGCCCAGCUCUGAGGUGGCCUCAGGACAGAAUGUGACCCUGCAGUGUUGGUCAGACUGGUGGUAUGACUGGUGUGUCCUGUACAAGGAGGGAGAAGAGAUCACCCGCAGCUGGACCCGGAGCUAUGAAGGAGGGCGUCAGGCUGACUUCUUCUUCCCUGUUGUGAAUCAGACCCACGAUGGCACUUACCGAUGCUACAGCUUUCAUAGUUCUUCCCCCAAUCUGUGGUCCUCCCCCAGUGCCCCCCUUGUGCUCAGGGUCUCAGAUGCUGCUGCCCAGGAUUACACUGUGGGCAAUCUGGUCCGCCUCAUUUUGGCUGGGUUCGUCUUCAUCCUCCUGGGGAACCUGCUGGUUGUGCAUUGGAAAAGCUUCAGGGGGCAACCCAUCUAG